AUGAUGAGGCGGCUCCUCCGCCCCUUCAAGCCGCGGCUCCCCCGGCCCAUCCUCGCACCCAUCCGCGCCGCCUCCAAGAAGACAUCUCCCCCACCCGAGCCCGCCAUAUCCCACGGCUCCGACAACCACAACGACCUCCCCUCCUUCCUUGCCUACGCCGCGCGCGCCAACCUCGCGGCCGACCGCACCGUCUACGUCGGCACGCACUACGAAUACACCGUCGCCGCCACCCUCCGCCGGCUCGGCUUCCACCUCACCCGCACGGGGCGCGUGUCCGACUUCGGCAUCGACCUCUUGGGCACAUGGCGGCUGCCGAUCCCCAAAACGCGCGGCAGCAAGAAGGCGGCUGCCGUCGACGAUGAUACCAGAGACACGCCGCUGCGCGUCCUCGUGCAGUGCAAAGCGAGCAACAAGACGCUCAACCCGAAGAACGUGCGCGAGCUCGAAGGCGCCUUCACGGGAGCGCCCGCGCAGUGGCGCGAGGAGGAUUUCCUGGGGUUGCUGGCGACGACGAUGAAGGCGACCAAGGGCGUCAUGGAGGCGCUCGGGCGCAGUCGCUGGCCCAUGGGCUUUUUGAAGGUCGAUCCGGAUGGGAGGGUGGAGCAGUUUUUGUGGAAUGCGAGCGCGAAGGCGAGGGGGCUGGAAGGGCUUGGGGUUACGCUGAGGUAUAUGGUGGACGAGAGGAGCGAGAAUGGGGAGGUCAAGUCGGAUAUUGCUUUGACUUGGCAGGGGAGGCCAUUGCCGUAUGUCGAGUUGACCGAGGAAGCGGAGGCGCUGCCUGCGCUGCAGAUGAAGUCUGCGGAUAAGGUGGUAGAGCAGGAGGAGGGGGCAUCUGAACCAGCAUCUGAAAAUGUUGAAGGAAAGCCAGAGAAAAAGAAGCGGAAGACGAAGGCAUCUAAGACCAACUCUGAGAGCGUCGAAGAAAAGCCAGAAAAGAAGGAGAAGGAGGGGGCAUCUGAGACAACAUCUGAAGACGUUGAAGAAAAGCCAAAAAAGAGAAAGACGAGGAAGACAUCUGAGACCCCAUCUGAGGAUGUCGAAGAAAAGCCUGAAAAGAAGAAGCCCGGCAGGCCAAGGAAGAAGGAUGCAGAGCCUGAAGCUUAA